CUUUACCCAAUGAAAGCGGAAAUGCCAGUUUUCUAAGACAGCAUUUGGCAGCGAGAGAUUGGGAAGAAAGAGAGCAGAGAAGAGAAGAGAAGAGAAGGGAAUCCGAGAAAAUUUUCUCUUCGCUCCGUUUUCUCUCGCUUCCAUUUCUCAUAUUUUCUCCCUUCUUCCCGUCGGCGAUGGCUUCGAUUUCCGAUUCUUCCAAACAGUCCCUACUCCCGAGCUUCCUGUACUCUUCUGCUCCCAAGUCAUUCUCUCUCGAUCGACUUCUCGGCGCCAACAAUCAUGCCUUCGGUACUUCGCACUCCGCUAUGCUCGAUACUCCCGCGGUAUCAUCCUCUCCGUCGAUCAAGACGAGGACGUUCAUGAUCGCCUCGCCGAAUGAGCCUGGCAAGAAGAUCGAGAUGUACUCGCCACAGUUCUACGCUGCUUGUACCUUCGGCGGUAUCCUUAGCUGUGGUCUCACUCACAUGGCUGUUACUCCUCUUGACCUCGUCAAGUGUAAUAUGCAGAUUGACCCUGCAAAGUACAAAAGUAUUUCAUCUGGUUUCGGAGUUCUGCUGAAGGAGCAAGGAGUCAGAGGCUUCUUCCGUGGCUGGGUUCCUACCCUUCUGGGUUACAGUGCACAGGGUGCCUGCAAGUUUGGAUUCUACGAGUUUUUCAAGAAGUACUACUCUGACCUUGCUGGACCUGAAUAUUUUUCAAAGUACAAGACCUUGAUCUAUCUUGCUGGCUCUGCAUCUGCUGAGGUGAUUGCUGAUGUUGCACUGUGCCCCUUUGAGGCAGUCAAGGUCAGGGUUCAAACCCAGCCUGGUUUUGCUAGGGGUUUGGCAGAUGGUCUUCCCAAGUUUGUUAAAUCUGAAGGUGCUCUUGGAUUGUACAAGGGUAUUGUUCCUCUUUGGGGCCGUCAGAUUCCAUAUACCAUGAUGAAGUUUGCUUCAUUUGAGACCAUUGUUGAGAUGAUCUACAAGUAUGGUAUCCCCACUCCAAAGGACCAGUGCAGCAAAUCUCUGCAACUUGGUGUUAGUUUUGCUGGUGGUUACGUUGCUGGUGUGUUCUGUGCUAUUGUUUCUCAUCCUGCUGACAACCUCGUCUCUUUCCUCAACAAUGCCAAAGGAGCAACUGUUGGUGAUGCUGUGAAGAAGCUUGGUUUAUGGGGUCUGUUUACCCGUGGGCUUCCCCUUCGUAUUGUCAUGGUUGGAACGCUAACUGGAGCUCAGUGGGGUAUCUAUGAUGCAUUCAAAGUGUUUGUGGGACUGCCAACCACUGGUGGUGUUGCUCCUGCUGCUGAGGUUGUAAAGGCAUAGAACUUCGGCAAAAUCAACUGAAAUAGUUUCGUUGUUCUAAUAGGCCUUUCAAAACCAUUUCAUAGGGAUAAAAUAAACAUAGGAUUGCUUGAAUGACUGUCGAGCUGGUGGAAAAAAUUCUUUUUGCUUUCAGAACUUUCUAUCAACUCUUUUUUGUGUUGACUACUGUUGGUUAUCGUCAGAGGAUGAUUUUGGUCUCAUCCUCUAAAAACUCCAGAGACCAUUUUUUGUAGUUAGAAUCAUCAUAUGUGAAAGUUUCAUUUGAAGAUCAAAAUCCCCCCACUGUAGCAGCAUUAAAAUAAUGAGCAGAUGGGGGGUAUACAACUGAGUUUCUGUCUUUAAACUUUUUAAGCAACCAUUUGAUUUAUGCGGAGAGAAUUUAUUUUGCUGUA